CAAUAAUUUCCGGCUUUAAAGCUGCAAAUCCUACCAAGGCUCAGGGUUUCUACCACCGUCAGAUUCCCUGAUUCAGCUUCCCCUGUUUAUCAUCUUCAACUUCAUGAUCCUUGCUUCCUAGGUAAAAUUAAAGAUUUGGAGACCAGGGUUUGGAUGGUGGAGAAAGGAGAUGAUUCCUAAUCUGAAUAAUUGGAUAGAGGAGCAGAGGAAGGAAACAUGACGAAAUUAUGAGCGGAAAUUGGGAUUUAUUGGGCAAUUCUUUUGAAGACCGAGUGAUUUGGCUUGGGCAGUAGUUAAGCGUUUCCUCUGUAUGUUAGAUUUAGUGAUGGAUUUAUUGGAAGAUCAGUGUUCAGAAUCUGUAGUUGCAACGAAGGAGGAAGAAACCUCGGAAAAGGUGACCCAUUUGGAUGAAACUAAGGUGACCCAUUUGGAUGAAACUAAGGUAGAGAGUAAUGGGCCUUGUGUUAAUGAGAUUGUGAAUUCCGGAGAACAUGUGGAGAUUAAAAAGUUGGAUGAAGCAAAUGGGAAAGGAGUUGAAACUGAUAUAGGAGUAGAGAUUCCUUCUAACACAAAUGAGUCUCCUGGAGUUGUCGAGGAAACACCGCUUUCAAAGGCAAAUGAGUCUUCUGAGCUUCUUGGGGAGACACCACUUCUUAAAACAAAUCAAUCUCAUGCCUCUACUCCGCCUUCAGAGACGAAUCAGUCUCCUGGAGUUCCUGGGGGGACAUCUCCGACAACGAAAGGGUUUGGGUUGAAGAAAUGGAGGAGGAUUAGGAGAGACCUUUCAAAGGAUGCAGGUAGUGGUUUUGAUUCGAACAGGAUCUUGAAAAGGGGUCUGUCUAAUGCUGUAGAGCCUGGGCGCUCACUAGAUCUGUCUGCGGAGAUCAAAGAGAAGAGUGAAGCUUCUGUUGCAUCUGUGAAUUCAUCAGUGCAGAGCCCUUCUGUUCCCAUUGUUUUUGCUGCCAAAGGCUCAACUUCAGAUUCUAGGUUGGCAAUGGGGGCUGGUUUUCCUGUUGGUACGGAUUCUGAGAAUAGUGAGGAUAGGAGCAGCAAGUCCUCCACAGCAACAAGCGUUCCUAAAUUGAGGUAUGAUGUGUCUGUAGGAAUGGGAUCCGUGAGAGAUAAGAACAAGGUGAAAAAUUUGGGUGGAAAGAGUUUAGGUAAUGCAGUUCAAAGGUCUCAACAAGGAAAAGGUAGGAUUGAUACCAGUAAGAAGCUUAGAGGAGAAAGGGUCAAAAUUGAAAAGGAGAAUUCAUUUUCUAGCUUGGAGUCUGACUCGAGAAACUACAAUGCAGUCCUUUUGCAGAUGGGUAGUUCUUCUGUUGUUAGUAAUGGAAGACAGAGUGAGAUAUCUUCAAAUUGUGGCAUAGAGAAUAGGGAUGAUACUCAUGUAAGUGACCCACAAUCUAGUGAAGAAGUUCAAACUGGUUACUGCAAAGAAAAUGGGAAAGAAGUUGAAGAUGUUUCACAAGAUGAUGUAGCCGCUGAUGUGUCAUCAGAGGUGAAGGAAGAAGAAGCUGAUAAUCACAGGUCCACAGUGGAUCAGGAUCCUUUGAUUCAGUCAGUGUUUGCACUUCAGCAUCUGCAGGAAAUUCUUGAAGGAGAACUUAAAAAAUUUGGAGAGAUUGGGCUGGUAUCUGUUUCAGUGCCUGAUGUCCCUGUUAUUGUUCAUAAUAUGCCUAUGGAGUGUGGUUAUGCUGAUUCAAAAAUAAAUGAACCUGAUUCAGCUGGGAAGUUAUGUAUGGAAGACAGCAGUUUGCCUCUGGAAACCCAGUUAACUAAAUUAAAACAAAAAGUGCAUAUUCAGGAGAGAGAACUCGAGGAGGCAAUGGCCACUAUCAAGGCUAAGGAAUGUAGGGUUAUUGAACUAGAAGCAAUUUUAAGUAGAAGUGAGUCACCCAGGGAAGGGUCAAGGAGGAGGAGAGACUUGGAGAUCGAGCUUGAGAAUCUGUUCAAGCAGAAAAUAGAAGCUGAAGUUGAGUACCUAGCUGUAAGCACAACAACCCAGAAGUUGAUAGUUGACACAGAGGAGCACAUCACACUCCUUGAAGAACAAAAAUCCCUGGCAGAGGAGCAAGCCGAGAUACUGCACAAACUAAGAGAUGCAGAAAGCAAGGCUGUAGUACUGAAGAGACAGGCAGAGGAGUUGGAGACUUGUUGUGAGGAGUUGGUAAGGACCGAAGAGGUGUUAAAGAUGCAGAACAGGGUAUGGAAUUUUACUUUGUGCGUUUUGGUGCAGUUGAUAUUGCUGUUUACAGCAUUUGGGCUUUUCCUCUUGCGGCUAUUCCCACAUUAUGGUGGGUUUGUACCUACCUAAGUCUAAGAAGAGGAAUGCCAAUGGUUUGUGGUAUUCGUCAUCAUCUGACAACAAAUCAGGUCGUAGAACUCUCAUAAACUCUGUGCUAUUUUUUUACUAGAGAUUUACACACGGAAUUUUCAUGUUGUUGUGAUGUUUUUAUCCUCUUGUCAUUUAUAGCUCAUUGUUUUCCCGGUUCUUCCUCAUUAUGAAUGCCAUAUUAGAUAGUACAGUUUCUAUUGGCCAAGACGAGGAGAGCGAGAAAUGAUUAGUUGAUUUCUCAUUUGUUGGGUUGUUAUAUUACAAGGAAUAUGUGAA